AAUAAUAAAACCUUGUACACCACAGCAUAUCCCAUUAACAAGUCUCUCUGACUAAUUGAGUAGACAAAAUCCAGAGUUUCUUUCCCGCCACCACCAACCAACCAUUUUCACUCUCAUCUCAUUUCAUUUCUCAAUCAUGAAAUCACUAUUGUGUACUUCUCCAAUCACAUGUACAAUUACACCCUUCCAACCCUCUAAUCCCAAUUCCAAAUCAUCCACUACGUUUGCUAUUGCUUCUCCUUCCCCUAAUUUCUUCCUCUCGUCGCUGCAAUUUCGGGCUCUAAACAAAACCCUAAACCAACAUUUGUACAAAGCUCUGACCUCUCAUUCUGCUCCGGAGGAAGAAGAACCAGACGCCCAAGUCGAAGACCUUAGGGUUCCAGACCAGUGGUUGCCCCCUUCCAGGGCCUUGGAGGAGUCAGAGUGGCUAAGGGUUACUUUACACAAAUGGUUGGAUGAUGAGUACUGCCCAGAACCCACCAAUGUAGAAAUAAGCAAGGUUGCCUCUUACUCCUACUACAAAUGUUUGAUAGAGGGACAAACAGACCUGGGUGAGAUUCUGUUGAAGAUGGCCAGAGAAUUGGAGACCAUUUCGUAUCAAGAGAGCUUUCAUGGAGCAUUCUCUUCAGCCAAUGCAGCAAUCAACUUGAUUGCUCAACGGAUAGACCACCCACACUUGUCUUAACUUCUUCAAAGUUAGUAGUGCAGGUUAAGAUAAGGUGGUUAAGAAAAACUUUGCAGAAGAUUGCUCUACUUCUAUUGAACUUCGUGCCCAAAAGCGAUUUUUCUAGUAUUUGUAUUUUCUGAGUAACUAAUGUAAUAUAAGUAUUUGAAAAUUUUGAGAGUAUGGGUGACCAAUCCUGUGCAUCCACAUGACUCGGGCAACCAAAUAUGACAUUCAUGAUCUGUGGCAAGCAACCAGCCCCAAACCAAAAUGUACUCCUCGUGUACUUGAUCUUUCCAACUUCAGAUUUGGUCCAGUGCUCCACUUCAAAAUCUCAUUGCUUCAAAACAGAAAAAAAGAAGUUUCUCUUCUCUCUUCAGUAGCCACCCAAUGGUCAAUCAAACCAACUAAUUUAUUUUUUUUAUUAAUAAAAAUGUAUUUAAAAUUAAAA